UCGUGAAGUGUUGGUCGCACCAUUUCCAGAUGCCCUGUAUAUUGUAUGUAUUUUUAAACUAGGUUAAAACUUAAACCAUAUACUUCAGAGCUACACUGAUGUAGGUCUCAUGAAAAAUAUCCGAGUAAAACAAAGAAAAAAAACCACAGACUGAAUGGUAUUUCAAAUGCUUUUCGGAAGGGCCAGUACCGCUAUGCCGACUACAUUGGUAUUCUUAAUUCAGUCCGUAAAAACGCAAAAAAGAUUUGAUUAUUGUUAUCUUAAUCACAUGGUGUUAUGUGAUAACGCUUAAUUCAUCCUAAAAUGUUAGCGGGAAAUCAUCAAAAAUAAUACAAAAAUUUCACCAUUUCAAGUCAGUUUCCAGUGAGCCGGUUAAAAUGCAGAACUGGCUAAUAGUAUCCCUGUUGCUAAGCAUUUUCGGUUUUCUUAAAGAAAUUCGACCAUCUGAACCGUUUAUCUACGAGUUUUUGAUAGGCGAAUGGAGAAAUAUAACCGAAGAGCAAGUGAAUCAGCAAGUUUACCCGGCCGGAACUUACAGUUACCUGGGGCUGCUGACAAUAGUGUUUCUCAUCACUGAUCUAGCUAGAUACAAGCCACUGAUAGUGUUUUUAGGCAUUUCGGGUGUUAUUGUUUGGAGUAUGUUACUAUGGACCACCAGCCUUGCAGAAUUGCUUAUUCUUGAGGUAUUUUAUGGUGCGUUUAUGGCAUGUGAAGUUGCUUACUACACCUACAUAUAUGCUAAAGUUGAUAAGGAUUACUACCAGCAAGUUACCUCUCACACCAGAGCGGCUUUAUUGGCUGGAAGAUCAAUUUCAGGCAUUUUGGGUCAAGUCCUAAUAUCACUUGAAAUAAUGGAUUAUCGACAGUUGAACUACAUUAGCCUUGGUGCGUUAAUCGCAGCUACCUUAUGGAGUUUACUUCUACCAUCAGUAAACAAGUCAAUUUACUUCCACCAAGAAAAAACAUUGAAUUCUUCAAAUAAGAUGAAUAUGAAGCUAGCAUUCCAAACUAUGUGGCAGCAUUUCAAGCAAGGGUAUGCGAAUGUUUACACCCUGAAAUGGUCGAUAUGGUUCUCUUUGUCCACAUGCGGAUUUAUUCAAGUGCAGGUCUACAUGCAGCCACUUUGGACUGCAAUUGUAAAUGAUCCAAGUCAACCUAUUUACAACGGUGCGGUUGAAGCUGCUUUGACCAUAAUUGGGUUUCUUGGAGCUCUCGCGGCUGGUGUUUUAAAAGUAAAUUGGCAGAAACGAGGAGAAAUUAUUCUUGCGAGCUGCUCCUUGAUACAGGGUGCAAUAAUGCUCAUUUGCGCACGUGCCGAAUAUGUCAUUAUCAGCUACGUUUUCUAUGUAUUAUUUGGAGCAUUGUACCACUUUGUUAUUACAAUAGCCAGCAGUGAAAUAGCUAAGCAUAUUGAAGCAGACAGCUAUGGGCUGAUAUUCGGUAUAAAUACAUUUGGAGCGCUAGCGUUUCAAGCGAUUCUUACAAUGGUUGUUGUGACUAGUGGUAUAGGAUUUGGGUUACCGGCCAGAUCUCAGUUUGUUGUGUAUGGUUUAUUUCAUAUAGUUUUAGGAGUUAUUUUUGUGUUAUUCAAAUGUGUCAGUUUUUUUACACACACGACAAAUAAGACGUCGACCCAAUCUAUUACUAGCCACUGAAUAUGAGACAUGCUUGAAAUAUAUCAGAAUAGCUCUAUUUGGUUGAUUACAAACACUAUAAAUUUCCGUUUGUUUUAAGUAUGACUAAAUAAUUGUUUCUAUUGGUAUGCAAUAGCAUUAAUUGAUGUGAUAUUAAUAGUAUAACUAAUUAAAUAUAUUUCAAUUUAAA